AUGAUCGUCUACAUUUUCGUCGCCGUCUUUAUGCAAGUGGCCUUGUCAGAGUCCGACUGCACUUCGGCCCGAGACGCCGGCCAUGCAUGCUCGGAUGGACCUCCAAAAAAGUUUUUCUACUUCGAUAAACGGGCAAAAGUCUGCCAGCCGCUAUUUUACAAAGGCUGUGGCGGCAAUGCUAAUCGAUAUGAAACCGCCGACGAGUGCAAGAAGACCUGCCUGGCGUCAACUGGAGAAUCGUCGAAUGAUACGGAAAUGAAGUUGGUGCUCAAGGCAGGACAUGAGCAAUGGACACACGCAACGAAAUGCAACGCAACAUUCCUCAUUCCGAAUCAUAAAUACACGGAAUGUGGUAGCAGCCCAUGCCCAGCAAAUCAUACUUGCAGCAAUGGAGUCUGCUGCCCAGGUCGAGACUAUGUCUGUUCCCUGCCCGACGACACGGGCGUGUUCGAGGACGGCGUCGAGGAUAAGCCACGUUUUGGCUGGUCCGAUGAGUGGAAUACCUGUAUUAGGUUCUCCUACUACGGCGCCAACGGCAACUACAAUAAUUUCCCGAAUUUCAACCUGUGCCAAAAAUAUUGUAACCCAAAGAAUCGUCAA